AUGCAGCAUUCGAGGACAGCUAUACUUUCCCUUUCCGCUUCUCAUCCACCAGUUUCAAAACACAGAAAUUUUUUUUCAUAAUCCCUAACAUUUUUUAUCCAUGUCCUGACUUCCCAGUUUCACUGUCACCUCACCUCCCUCCCUCAUGGCUUCCUCCAUUCUGAAUUCGUUCUUACUACUCUUCUUCUUACUCUCUCUGCUCUUCUUCUCCACAACAUGGGCUCUCGACUCUUCUUCUUUUUCUUCCACUACUACCACUUCUCUAGAUUCCCAUCUCUCUUCUAUAAGAUCUGUCUGCAAAUCCACACCAUACCCAGACGUCUGUUUCGACUCACUCAAGCUCUCCAUUUCAAUAAACAUAAGUCCCAACAUCCUCUCCUAUCUCCUUCAGUCCCUUCAAACAGCCUUAUCCGAAGCUGGAAAGCUGUCCAAUCUAUUUUCCCAAGUGGGACCCUCCAACAUCAUCGAGAAACAGAGGGGAGCCGUCCAGGACUGCAAGGACCUCCACCAAAUAACAGUGUCCUGUCUGCAGAAAUCAGUGUCCAGAGUCAACUCAGCUAACACCCAAAAACUAGCCGAUGCGAGGACCUUCCUCAGCGCAGCCCUCACCAACAAGAACACUUGCUUAGAAGGCCUUGAUUUCGCAUCGGGUCCUCUGAAACCGACCCUGGUGAACUCUAUAAUCACCACUUACAAGCAAGUCAGCAAUUCUCUCUCAAUUCUCUCUGGUUCCAAUUUUGAACCACCGGCCGCAUUGAAUGGCCACAACAAGCGCCGCCGUCUCAUGGGCAUGGGUUUUCCGGAAUGGGGGAUUUCAGGGAAGGACCGCCGCAUCUUGCAGAGUUCCGGCGACGCAUAUGAUCCGAGCCAGGUGCUCACGGUGGCCGCGGAUGGAAGUGGAAACUUUACGACAGUCACUGAUGCUGUUAAUUUCGCGCCAAACAACAGUGAUGUGAGAAUAAUUAUAUAUGUGAGAGAAGGGGUUUAUGAGGAGAAUGUGGAGAUACCAAAUAACAAGCCCAACAUUGUGAUGUUUGGAGAUGGAAGCGAUGUUACUGUAAUUACGGGCAACAGAAGCGUGGUGGAUGGUUGGACUACUUUCAGAUCAGCCACUGUUGCUGUCUCCGGGGAUGGGUUUCUGGCAAGUGACAUAACUUUCGAGAACAGGGCUGGACCCGAGAAGUACCAAGCAGUUGCACUGCGCAUCAAUGCGGACUUAGCAGCAGUGUACAGGUGCACCAUAAUCGGUUACCAAGACACACUCUACGUCCAUUCCUUCAGACAAUUUUAUAGAGAAUGCGACAUUUAUGGGACCAUUGAUUUCAUAUUCGGUAACGCAGCCGUUGUUUUCCAGGCAUCCAACAUAGUAUCAAGAAAGCCCAUGCCAGGGCAGUUCACAGUGAUCACUGCCCAGUCCAGGGACAUUCCAGACGAGAACACUGGGAUAUCCAUACAGAACUGUUCCAUUUUGGCUGCAGAGGACUUGUACAACAUGAAUAAUUCCAGCAGCAGCAAGAUCAAGAGCUAUCUGGGGAGGCCGUGGAAGGUGUACGCUCAAACGGUGUAUAUUGAAUCGUACAUUGAUGAAUUCAUCGAUCCGGCGGGGUGGACGGAGUGGCCUUCUAGUGAUCCUCAAGGAGGCUUGGACAGUUUGUACUAUGGAGAAUAUGAGAAUAGUGGGCCGGGUUCGGGGACUGAGAAUCGAGUCAGUUGGGCAGGGUACCACGUAAUGGAUUACUAUGAUGCCUCUAAUUUCACAGUGUCUGAGUUUAUAACUGGAGAUGAAUGGCUGGAUUCUACUUCCUUCCCAUAUGAUGAUGGGCUUUAAUCUAAUACUAUAUAAUAAUGUCUUUUUUUUUUUUUUUCUUUUUAAUUCAUAAUGUGUUUGUCACUGUUGGUAAUUCGAUGAGUACAGUAAAAUGUACGUACCUGAUAGUCAUGAAAAAAAUUAAAAGAGAGAAGUUAUGAGAUGAUUGAAGGAUUGAACAAGUGUUUAAUGUUAGU